UUGAUGAUCGAAAUGAUCGAGAAAUACGGGCUUGCAAAAGGACUUUUUGUGUAAAGAAAAGCGUAGAACAGUUUUUUAUCCGUAUUAUAAAAUGAGGCAAAGCGAAGCCCCAGUUGCGUUUAUUAUUUGCGAAUAUUGAUUGGGGAGAUAGUUAAAUUUCGUUUCUUGUUCCAUUUAUAUUCGUAAACUUAUUUGUUUUUAUUUAUUGUUUCAUCUUCGCAUCUGCAUUAAAAAAACGUUAAAAAAGGUCGCUUGAAUAUGUUUACUCGUUAUUGUUUAAAAAGAUACAAUAUGUUGUAAUGUAAAUAAAAAAUAUUCCUAAAUCGCGCAUGCGUUUGUGUGGAAAACAGACAAAGGUUUUGUGACUUGUGUGGUUUGAAAAUCAGCUGUGUGUGCAAUGACUUAGUGAUAUUUUAAGUGUGUUUAUAGUGACAAUGUUUAGUGAAAUUGGAUAUAUAGUUUUUCUACUUCUUGCUCUUCCUUACAUAGAAAGUGCGUCUCGCCGCCUGAGCGAGUACGUGGAGCACUACGAGCCGCUGGAGUACGACACGGCGGCGCUGCAUACGCAGCACCUGCGCGCGCGCCGCUCCGUCGACCCCGCCGACCUGCGGCUCGACUUCAGCGCGCACGGCAGACGGUUCCGCCUGCGGCUGCGGCGAGACCUCUCCGCAUUUGGAGAAGGGUUCCGGGUCGAAGGCUCCCAGGGCCAGCUCCACGAUGUCGACACAUCACACAUAUACAAAGGGGAGAUGGUUGAUGAACCACAUUCAACGGUGUUCGGUUCGGUGACGGACGGCGUGUUCGAGGGGAAGAUCAUCCUGAACGACGGCACGUACUACGUAGAGCACGCGCGCCGGUACUUCCCGCCCAAUGGCACCAGGACCAAGGUCCACUCCGUCAUAUACCGCGAGGGCGACGUCGUCGAUCCCUACGCACAUCGGCGGCACGGUCACGUGGGCGGGUGUGGUGUGACGGACGAGGUGAUAGAGUGGAUGGAGCGCAUCCAGAACUCGGGCGUGGACGAGGACGUGACCGCCGCGCCGCCGCCCUCCCCCGCGCACCACUACUCCCCCUCGCCCGCCCCGCACCCCAACAGCCUGAGAGAUGAUCCGCCUAGGCACUGGGAGCACCACCACAACAAGUACUCGCGCGCCGCCAACAUGGAGCACGCCCGGAUGAAGCGCGCGGCGCAGGAGAGCAAGAUCAAGAACACGUGCUCGCUCUACAUACAGACGGACCCGCUGAUAUGGCGGCACGUGAGGGAGGGAUUCCCGGAUCAUCGCGACGAGAGCAAGCGCAGCGAGGUGGACAUGAAGACGCGCGAGGAGAUCCUGUCGCUGAUCUCGCACCACGUGACCGCCGUCAACUACAUCUACCGCGACACCAAGUUCGACGGCCGCAAGGAGCACCGGAACAUACAGUUCGAGGUGCAGCGGAUCAAGAUCGACGACGACUCGGCGUGCAAGUCGCACCCGUUCGCGGCGGAGACGAACCAGUUCUGCCUGGAGAACAUCGACGUGUCCAACUUCCUCAACCUGCACUCGCUCGGCAACCACGAGGACUUCUGCCUCGCGUACGUCUUCACCUACAGGGACUUCACCGGGGGCACGCUGGGUCUAGCCUGGGUGGCAAGCGCGAGCGGCGCGUCGGGCGGCAUAUGCGAGAAGUACAAGACUUACACGGAGACGACAGGUGGCAUGUACCAGAGCACCAAGCGCUCCCUCAACACCGGCAUCAUCACCUUCGUCAACUACAACAGCCGAGUACCGCCCAAAGUCAGUCAGCUCACUCUCGCCCACGAGAUCGGACACAACUUCGGGUCACCUCACGACUACCCAACGACGUGCCGGCCGGGCGGGCAGCAGGGUAACUACAUAAUGUUCGCGUCGGCGACUUCCGGCGACCGCCCCAACAACAGCCGCUUCAGCAACUGCUCCGUCGGCAACAUCUCCGCGGUGCUCGACGCCGUGCGCGACGGCCGCAAGCGAGACUGCCUCAAGGAGAACGCGGGUGCUUUCUGCGGGAAUAAGAUCGUUGAGGUCGGCGAGGAGUGCGAUUGUGGCUACGACGAAAUCGAAUGCAAGGAUAAGUGCUGCUAUCCGCGACAAGUGAGCCCCUACGACCUGGAACGAAAUAGCACGGCCAAAGGUUGCCAAAGACGUGCCAACACCGAAUGCAGUCCGUCCCAGGGUCCGUGCUGUCACUCGCAGACGUGUCAGUUUGUAUCGAUGUAUCGAAAUCAGACGUGUCGGGAGGCGACCGAGUGCAGUCAUGCGUCAGUGUGCAACGGCCGGUCCGCCGAGUGUCCCGACCCCAGCGCGCUGCCUGACCACACUAAAUGCAAUAAUGAUACACAACUAUGCCUGAAAGGCGAAUGCAGCGGUUCAAUAUGUCUGGCGUGGAACAUGACCGAGUGUUUCCUGUCGUCGGCGGCACGCACGGUGGGUGCGGACGGCGUGGUGGCGGUUAACCGGCGGGCGCUGUGCCAGCUCGCCUGUCAGACCGCCGGCGACCCCCAUACGUGCCGCAGUACAGCGGACUUCGCGCACCAAGUUGGCUUACCCAAGGGGGGGAUCAGCCUGCGACCCGGCUCGCCCUGUGAUAACUUCCAGGGCUACUGCGACGUAUUCCUCAAGUGUCGCGCGGUGGACGCGGAGGGUCCGCUGGCUCGGCUCAAGAACCUGCUGCUGAACCGCGCCACGCUGCAGACUGUCGCCGCCUGGGUCACCGAGCAGUGGUGGGCGGUGUUGUUGGGUGGUGUGGCUCUCAUAGUGUGUAUGGGCGCGUUCGUCAAGUGCUGCGCGGUGCACACGCCCUCGUCUAACCCGAAGCGCCCACCUGCCAGACGGAUAUCGGAGACGCUGCGCGGGCCUAUGAACACGUUGCGGCGCAUGCGCGGUGCGGAGCCGCGACCGCGUGCAGGCGCCCCGCGACCCGGCGCCCGCCGCCCGCGCGCGCACAAGGGAUACGCGCCGCCGCUUGCGUACGCGCCUAGAGACAUGGCGUCCGGUUCGGGUGUAGCGAGCGGGAGCGGGCGGCAGGCGUACGCGCCGGCGUACCCGCACCCGCAGGCGUACGAGAUGCGCACGCAGAAGGUCUGACAGUACGCCGAGCUCGAGCUCGUCGCGCUGGCGCCGGCUGGACCGCUGCUGCUGGGGUACGUGUGCCCGGCCGGCGGCGCCGCAGCGUCCGCGCCCGUCGCGCCCCCCGCGCCCGCAGACAAGGUGACGGUCGCCUCGCAGACCACCAUCACACUACACUCGCCCGACGCGCUGGCGGUCACGUGCCCGCGCUAACUCCACAACAACCAAUUCAUGACCUUCGGUAAGACAAAGGCAUAAUUGUUCAACAUUUUAAAAAUGAUUUGUAUCCUUGUCUUACCGAAAUAUACUGACGAUACUUGUCUCUUUCACUUGCCCACGAAUAUAUUGCUAUCUCGAUCCCACAGGAAUGUAAUAGGUGGAAGUUUGUGUUCUUCUACAGCGUCCUAUGUAAACGCGAUAGUAAUUAUUCGUCUGUGUAAAGAGACAAGGAGAUGAGACAAUAUGCUAAUUUCUGCAUGUUCCACGACCGAACUUUUUUUGCAAUGACGCGGACGUUACUCGCUAACUUCUGCAGUAUUCUCUAACGUCAUGUUCUAAGACGUGUACUGCCAGUCGAGUACGAAAUGUGUCAUAGGGUGUGAACUAUACAGUAAGACAAUAUCAUGUUAUGUGGGCCGACUAUACUAUCAACUGCAGUUUGCUUUCUGUUAUACUGCUUAUAGUGAUAAUGAAACGGUUGUUACUUUUAAAUGUCUCAUGUAACUUUUACAGAUUACACCCAAUUAAUUUUCCCUUAACCCUCAUUGUUUUUUAUUACUCAUUUUUGACAGAAAUUUCUCUGCUGUGAUGUGUAGUGGGCCUACACAAUACACGUUUAACAAAAUCCUACAUGACGUAAAAAGUUAUAACAAAUAUUGACAAAUUACAACUUGCAAUGUGUACAUAAACCUACUAGUGUCAUAUCCUGUUUAGACCGUGCUAGAAAACCAAUGUAAUUUUAAAGCAAUUUAUAUUAAAUAUCAAAAACUUAUAUCAAUGUCUGUAGACGUGUAUAGAUAUUGUAUUUUAUUGAGUAAGAUCAUGUGCCCUCCAUCUGCGUACUGUUUCUAUGUUAUUCUAUGUAAUUCUUCUAUGUAUUUUUGUUUUAAUCUGACCUUCUCUUAU